GAUUUGGCGAGGUAGCCAGUAACGGACAUUAACAAAAUGUGGAGAUUUAUACUAAUUUGCAGUAUUCAGCUGAUUUGCGCUUCGGAGCACAGUGGUGAAGGAUAUGGAGAAGGUUAUGGAUAUGGUGGAAGCGGAGGAGGUGGCGGUGGUUCAGGAGGUAGCGGCGGAGGAGGUGAUGGUCACUUCCAUCACCACACACCCACCACAUAUUCGGAGAUCUCAAAGCAUGUACCGGUGCAUGUGAUCGAGAAGGUUCCACUGCCCAUUCCCCAUCCAGUGGCCGUCCAGGUGCCCAAUGUAAUCAGGUUGCAAAUUCCGGAACCAUAUGCCGUUCACGUUCCAGUUCAGCAGGAGAUCCAAGUGCCGAUCUACAAAAUAGUGCCCGAAGUAACCGAACGAAAGAUCCCCUACACCGUGGAAAAGCCAUAUCCCGUGGAGGUCGAGAAACCAUAUCCGGUCGAGGUGAUUAAGCAGAUAAAGAUUCCGGUGCCUAAGCCCUAUCCUGUUCCUUUAACCAUCUAUAAGCAUGUCCUGCAGAAGGAGCACGGCUGGUAA